CCACAAUUCCCUGGUAAAGUCAUAGUUUCUGCCCUAUCCUUUCCCCCACGGAGAAAUCUCAACUCCAAGAAAAAAUGGCUUUCAAGAAAUCAAACAGACUACCUCAGAGUCCAAUAGCCUUCAAGCAGAUUCUGAAAAAGUGCUCAAGUUUUGGGAAGAAACAAGGGUAUGAGCAAGAACUUCCUGAUGAUGUGCCAAGAGGCCAUUUUGUUGUCUAUGUUGGAAAGAACAGGAGCAGAUACAUAGUUCCAAUAUCAUGGUUGGCUCACCCUGAGUUCCAAAGCUUACUCCAAAGAGCUGAAGAUGAGUUUCGAUUUAACUACAAAAUGGGACUCACCAUUCCUUGUGAAGAAGUUGUUUUCCUAUCUCGAAUGGCGAUGAUCAGAUAAGAGAACUCUGAUAUAUAUAUGGCCAUCUGGUGAAAUAUAAGAAAGAUGGAAGCUGCUUCUUUCUACUGCUUCUUAUGUAUAUUUGCAGGACUACUAAGGGUCAUUAGUGAUAGCAAGAGGUAACUUCGCCUGUAAUUCAAAGCAUGAAAUGUUGGUGAGAGUUUGGAAGAUAUGAAUUCCAUUUUUUCUGAUAUAUUUUCAUUUUUUUUUUGACCAUAUGACAUUCUUUGGUCUCAAACUAUUCCUCAAUUACAAGUAGUAGAGAUUCUUAGACACUGAGAAAUUGAUAAUACUGAAUACAGAUUUUUAUAUCAAAUUUAAAUCAAAAGUUUUCUUCCUCUACUUUGAGAUUGGAAGAGAAAGAAGAUAGAAAGAAGGUUUCGUAAGGAAUGGCAACGCCUAAAUUGCUGGCGCUUGAUGAUGGUGAAAGAUAAUAAGUGUUCACCCGUAAU